AGGCAACCGGCUUCUAGCCCAUGUGGAGUCUCUUGAGAUGAAAAAAGAAAAUGCACUGCCACAUCCCUUCUCCUGCUGCUGCGGUAUUUGGAAGUGGGUGAAUGAACAAUGUUUGGAGAGAAAGGUGCAAGGGUUCCAAUCUGGAGAGGAGGGAUCAGGAUCCCUGGGAAAGGACCCUCUCAGGACACAGGAACGAGCCAAAAUUUUUCCACUGAAGACACAGUGACCAGCCCUGAAGACUCAGAGAUAAGAAAACACUCUAUCGAUGACAUGGAGAGCCUGGAGCACCAUGUCACUGAUCCUGGUCCAGGCACAACUGAGGUCUACACCACAGCAGAGGUAGGGACUCCUGAGGACUAUGGCACUGCACACCCAGAGACCACUGGGAGCCCUUUCACUGCAGAUGCAAGGACUCCCAAGGAAUACAAUCACAGACCUGGGACCACAGAAGACUACACCACCACAGACCCCAGGACCACAGAGGACGACACCACCAUAGAACUGGGGACCACAGAGGACGACACAAUCACAGAUCCGGGGGACCACAGAGGAUGACACCACUAAACAUCCAGACAAUCAACCAGAGGGAACAGACUCAGUACCAACAGUGAAACUGGGCUCCUGACACCAAUCAGAACCAUCCUUAUUUCCCUGGCUGCCACCG